UUUCCAGCCUUCCGCCUGGGUCCGGGGGUGGGUCUUGAGACCUCCCGUUCCUCCUGAGUUUGAGGCCCCGCGUCUCCCCAGCGAGGACAGCACGCACCUCGGACUCGAUUCCCGCACGGGUUCCCUCUUCUGCGUCCAGUGAGGCGACACAGGGCGGAGGGUGCUGGUGGGGAAGCUAACCUGAAAUUCAGGGAGAAGAAAAUUCGCCGAUCCCACCCAUCUCCUUUUUAGAACUCAAAUCAUAAACUGGCCACUCUCAGCUCAGUUUGAGGAAUCUGCACAAUUUACAAGAGAAUAUGGGUUCUGCCACAGGAAGAUGGUUCUACCUACUGGGCUGCAUUAUGCUGAUCAACCUGGUUAAUGCUGAUUUUGAAUUUCAAAAGGGAGUACUUGCCAGUGUCAGCCCAGGGAUUACAGAAGACAUUGAUCUCCAGUGUUGGAAUGCUUGCUCUUUGACACUGAUAGAUCUCAAAGAACUCAAGAUAGAGCACAAUGUGGAUGCUUUCUGGAAUUUCAUGUUGUUCUUGCAGAAAUCCCAGAGACCUGGACAUUAUGCUGUCUUCUUAAACAUAGCUCAGGAUUUCUGGGACAUGUAUAUAGACUGCUUGCUUUCAAGGUCUCAUGGAAUGGGCAGAAGACAGGUGAUGCCUUCCAAGUAUAAUUUUCCACAGAAAAUAACAGGAGGUAAUUUAAAUGUGCAUUUAAGAGAGUAG